AUGCCAGAGUCUAGGAGAAACAUUCCAAAUAUAAUCAUCACUGGUACGCCCGGAUGUGGUAAGUCAUCCCAUUCGCAAUCCUUGGUCGAUCAGCUAAAUCGAGGAUUUGCAAAAGAGACAACUAUAAGGUUUAAGCAUUUCGAUGUAAGUGCCUUCGCAAAAGAAAAAGAUUGUCUUGAGUCAUACGACAAGGAACUCGAUACGCAUGUUGUUGAUGAGGAUAAACUAUUGGAUGAAUUAGAGCCAGAAUUGGAAAAAGGUGGUGCCAUCGUAGAUUGGCAUUGUUGUGAAAUAUUCCCUGAACGAUUGAUUGAUUUAGUGGUUGUGUUACGAACCGACAACUCACAACUUCAUGAAAGGUUAACGAAAAGAAACUACAAGGAUAACAAGAUACAGGAGAAUUUGGACUGUGAGAUUAUGGAGGUUAUUUUGACAGAGGCAAGGGAGAGUUAUAUACCAGAAAUUGUUAUCGAAUUAAGAAGUGAUAAAGCUGAGGAUUUGGAUGAAAAUGUUGAUAGAAUCAGCGCGUGGGUCGAGAAUUGGAUCAAAGAUCAUCCAAGGGGGGUCACCAAUGAAUUGCAAACCGUGGAUGGUGACGCAAGCGACAGCGAUGAUGAUGAAGAUAAUGACAAUGAAGAUGGCGAGUUGGUAACCAGUGGAGAAGACGAAGGAUCAUACAUUCCAGAUAAUGAAGAGGAUUCAGAUGAUGCGCUUGCUAGCUAUCAUGAGUCGGAGGAUCCGGCUACAGUUGAAGAUGGACUUACAAACCAACAAAAGUAUGAACUAGAGCAAAAAGAACAAGACGACGUUGAAGUACUCGAUGAAGAGGAUGAAGAGACGAAUGAGUAUACUGAACACCAAGAGGACGUUUCAGAGUAG